UGUUUUCUGGAAUAAGUCGACUGGGCGGGAAAACACAAAUAAAUUUGAAUCUAGCAAAACAGCAACAUUUCUAAAGGAGAGGAACUGCUGGUCUGGUAUGGAGAUGACUACGCCAGAGAACUUGGUAUCGUCGGAGACAAGAACUUGCUCUUCAGACCUAAAUAUAUCAAUGGAGAAGAAAGUUACAAACAUGUAUACUGCAACACAGCCUUGUAACCAGAGGGGUAACUUGAAGACACCCAUGAGGAAACAUACAGGAGAAAGACUGUACAUGUGUGAGGAGUGUGGUUAUGCAUGUAACCAGAGUGGCCACUUGGCAAGACACAUGAGGAUACAUACAGGAGAGAGACCGUACAAGUGUGAGGAGUGUGGUUAUGCAUGUAACAAUAGUGGUAACUUGAAGACACACAUGAGGAUACAUACAGGAGAGAGACCAUACAAGUGUGAGGAGUGUGGUUAUGCAUGUAACAAUAGUGGUCUUUUGAAGAAACACAUGUUGAUACAUACAGGAGAGAAACCGUACAAGUGUGAGGUGUGUAGUUAUGCAUGUAACAAGAGUGGUAACUUGAAGACACACAUGAGGAUACAUACAGGAGAGAGACCAUACAAGUGUGAGGUGUGUGGUUAUGCAUGUACCCAGAGUAGUACUUUGAAGACACACAUGAUGAAACAUUCAGGAGAGAGACCAUACAUGUGUGAGGAGUGUGGUUAUGCAUGUGUCCAGAGUGGUCAUUUAAAGAGACAUAUGAUGAUGCAUACAGGAGAGAGACUCUACAAGUGUGUGGUGUGUGUUAAAGCAUAUAACCGGCUUGGUAACUUGGCGAGACACAUGAGGAUACAUACAGGAGAGAGACUGUACAUGUGUGAGGUGUGUGGUGAUGCAUGCAACAACAGUGGGUCUCUAAAGAAACAUACGAGGUUACAUAGUGGAGAAAGACUUUACACUUGUGAUGUUUGUAGUAAAGCAUUUAACCAGACUGGAAACUUGAAAAAACACAUGACAAUACAUACAGAAGAAAGACCGUUCAUGUGUGAGAAGUGUGGUUAUGCAUGUAACAAUAGUGGUCAUUUGAAGACACACAUGAUGAUACAUACAGAAGAGAGACCAUACAAGUGUGAGGAGUGUGGUUAUGCAUGUACCCAGAGUAGUACUUUGAAGACACACAUGAGGAUACAUACAGGAGAGAGACCAUACAAGUGUGAGGAGUGUGGUUAUGCAUGUACCAAGAGUAGUACUUUGAAGACACACAUGAUGAUACAUACAGGAGAGAGACCAUACAUGUGUGAGGAGUGUGGUUAUGCAUGUACCCAGAGUAGUACUUUGAAGACACACAUGAGGAUACAUACAGGAGAGAGACCAUACAAGUGUGAGGAGUGUAGUUAUGCAUGUACCCAGAGUAGUACUUUGAAGACACACAAGAGGAUACAUACAGGAGAGAGACCUUACAAUUGUGGGGUGUGUGGUUAUGCAUGUAACAAUAGUGGUUCUUUGAAGACACACAUGAGGUUACAUACAAGUGAGAGACUCUACAAGUGUGAGGUGUGUUGUAAAACAUUUAACCAGACUGGUAACUUAAAAACACACAUGACGAUACAUACAGGAAAAUGACAGUACCAAUGUGGGGUGUUUGGUAAAGCAUAUAACCAGAUCGGUACUUUGAAGACACGCAUGAUGAAACAUUCAGGAGAGAGACCGUACACGUGUGAAGAGUGUGUUUAUGCAUGUAACAGUAGUGGUGACUUGAAGAAACACACGAGGAUACAUUCAGGAGAGAGACCAUACAAGUGUGAGGUGUGUGGUAAAGCAUUUAACAGGACUGGUACUUUGAAGAAACACAUGAGGAUACAUUCAGGAGAGACCAUACAAGUGUGAGGAGUGUGGUUAUGCAUGUAACCAGAGUAGUACUUUGAAGACACACAUGAGGAUACAUUCAGGAGAAAAACCGUUCAAGUGUGAAGUGUGUGGUUAUGCAUGUAACAUAAGUGGUCAUUUAAAGAAACACAUGAGGGUGCAUACAAGAGAAUAACUUUUUAAAUGUGUGUUGUGUUGUUAUGCCUGUAACCAGAGUAGUAACUUGAUGACACAUAUUAGGAUGCAUACAGGAGAGAGAAUUUAAUUUUGUCAGGUGUGUGGUUAUGCAUUUAACCAGAUUGGGGCAGUCAUUGAGCACACAAUGACACAUGAUGAAUUCACGAGAGAGCCUGUAUAAGUGUUAGGUGUGUGGAUGUGAAUUUACAUUUAACCAGAGUGGUUCUUUUUCUUAAAUUGUAGUUUAAGAAUAAAUAUAAGAAUUAAAUCUCUUAUUUGAACAUAGCUCAAUAUGCUUUUGUGUUUAUGUUGGUUUGUAUUGUGCUGUAUUGUGCUGUUUUGUACUGUUUGGGCAAUCGGUCACUUGCCUUAAAUAAAGGACCAACUAAUUGUUUUUAAUGAAAAUUCAAUACUGCUCCAGCAGCUGGAGUUUCACUUCUUUAUAUUGUGGUGAUGUUUUUAUGAUACUUGUUGUCUUUUGUGUGUUUUGUAUCAUCCCACGUAAACACUUACCUUGUAAACACUUUACAGGCCACAUUUGUUGUCCAAUCUUUAUUUAUUAUUUAUUAAACUUAUCGAUAUUCGGAAGAUUUGUUAAAACUGGGUCAAGUGAGGCCAAAAACAAAAUCACAAGCUCAAAUUAAAGAGAAAGGUUGUUAACACUAGAAAUCACAUUUAUAGGCUAAUCUUUGUGAAACAUGUUCAGAACAUUUGUUCUAAUUAAAAUGCAGUUGAGUUUGCAUUGUUGUUUCUUUUCGUUCAAAAUUGUAAAAAUAUUUUUUUGUAUAAAUCUCAACAAUUAGUUAUCUUCCAUCACGUUCUUUAAGCUGAACAUUAGUAAAUGUAACAUUGAAAUCACUUAUAUUCUCAAUUUCGAGUAUUUGUAAGCAAAACCAUGUGUUUUUUUUCCUUCUUUGAGACCCGCCGAAUUUCGGCCCUUUCCCCUAGACAAAUUUUUCCUCUCUUACAGAGAUUUGCCCAGAGACAAUGAUAUCUUAAAAAAAUAAUUUUGUAACCUUUAAUAAUACAAGUUAAUCUGAUCCAGUGUAGAAAAUAGAAAAAAUAUUGAAUAAUUAAAUUAUCUGUUGCCUUGAAUUUGUUUUAAAAAUAGUACAAUAUGUUAAACUGAUUAUUUAAGUCUUUCAUUUUUUUCCCCCAAAUCCGGUGUUAUGCACGAUUAUUUUCCCUCAAAAAAGGCCAGGCCCUUUCUCCAAAAUCAAAUAAAAUCCCUGAAAACAAAUAAGUAAAAAUAAUGCAAUGUUUGCAAAUUGCAAAGGGACCCUUUUCCUUCCCAUUAAAUGCAGUGCUCCUCUGGAGCAUCAACAAACUUUGACUAUACAAUGAGUCUUGGGCCUGGGUAAAACCAGUACUUGGUGUCUUUGGGAGAAAUCUAAAGAACACUCCCACAUUGGGGAUUGAACCCAUGACCUCCUGAUCACAAAUGGAUCACCAUAUCCACUACUCCACAAAUGGAUCACCAUAUCCACUACUCCACAAAAAAUACUGGUUUAAAAUGGCUUAGGGUCGAUAAAAUGUAAGGCCGCCAGGGGACGGGAUGGUUUUUCGCAAUUUGGCUUUAAUAAAACUUUAACACUAGAAGUGACAUUUAUAGUCAAAUCUUGAUACUUGGUCGGAAUAUUUAUGAUAGCUUAGUUGAAAAAUGUUUCUGGUAUGUUAUUAAGCAUAGACGCAAUUAAGGGGCUGGGACGGUUUUCCCAAUAUGCUAUUAGUAACUUGUUAAGCCUAGUGGUAUCUCAGGUUAUAAUUCUGGUCUUUGGAAAAAUAUUGCCACCUGGGGGUUGGGCAGUUAUUCUUAAAUCAUUUUAUCUCACUUCAACACAAUAUGCUCAUCUUGAGCUUUUGUGAUUGCCCAUUGUCUGUUGUGAGUUAUCAAUAUUUUCCUUGUUAACACUUUAGAAGCCAUGUUUAUUUUUCAUCUUCAUUAAACGAGGUCAGAACAUUUGUCCGUAUAAUAUCUUGGCCGAGUGUGAAACUGUAUCAGGUGAGGUCAAAAUUUUGGGAAUAAGUUCAAAUUAAAUACAAAGAUAAACAAAAACACCCUAGAAGUCACAUUUAUAUUAGAAUCUUCAACUUGGUCAGAACUUGUAUUCUAAUGCUGUCUUGGCUGCGUUCAAUUAUGAUUGCAGUCGAAAAACAUGGCCACCAUGGUUUUGGGUCAGUUUUCCUAUUAAUACAGCUCAUAGUGAAUCAGUGAUACCUUGUUAACACUACGAAGUCACAUUUUAACUAGUAUCUUAAUGGAACUUGGUCAGAACAUUUAUUCAAAUGAUGUCUCGCCUGAGAUUGAAAAUGGUUCUGGUUCACAACAAAACAUGGCCACCAAGGGCCCGGGGAGGUUUUUCCUAUAUGGCUUUAGUGAAACCUUGUUGACACUCUAGAAGUAAUUUUUUUUUUCCAAUCUUCCAUGUUACUUGGUAAGAACAUCCGUUUUUAGCUCAAUUUUUGAAGAAAAAAGAGAGCUAUACUACUUGCUCCGGCGUCGGCGUCGGUUCUUUUUUUUUUAAAAGUCAAAUAACUUUAACACUAUCAAAGAUAAUAACCUCAAACUUGGAACACUUAUUUAUGGCAACAAGACAAUUGUGUAGGUCAAGGUGCAUAACUCUGUCAGCAUUAUUUUUAGAGUUAUGCCCCUUUUUAUACUAAAAAAAUUGAAAUUUUGGUUAAGUUUUGUGUUUAGGUCCCUUUUAUUCCUAAAGUAUCAAAGCUAUUGCUUUCAUACUUGCAACAUUUACUAACUAUCAUAAGAGAACUGUGCAGGCAAAGUUAUGUAACUCUGAAUAGCAUUUUGACAGAAUUAUGACCCCUUUUAUACUUUUAUAAUUGAAAAUUUUGUUAAGUUUUGUGUUUUGGUCCAUUUUACUCCUAAAGUAUCAUAGCUAUUGCUUUCAGACUUGGAACACUCGCUAACUAUCAUAAGAGGACUGUACAGCACAAGUUGCAUAACUCUGGUUGUCAUUUUUACAGAAUUAUGGCCCUUUUUUGACUUUGUAACUUUGAAUAUUUUGUUAAAUUUUGUGAAAUUUACUUCUAAAGUAUCAAGGCUAUUGCUUUCAAACUUCAAAUACUUUCUUACUUUUAUGAGGGUACUGUAACUGGCAAGUUGAAUUUCCCCUUGACCUUUGAAUGACCUUCAAUCUCACUGUCAAAUAAAUGAAUUUUGCUUAAAUCGCCAUUACUUCUUUAUUUAGGAUCAGAUUUGAUUCAUACUUUGACAAAACAACACUUACCUGGCAUACCACAAUGGACUCUACCUUAACCACCCCCACUCCCCACCCCAGAAUCCCCCCCUCCAAAAAAAAAAUUAAAAAUACUUUUGUUUUUCUUUUUUUUCUUAUUUUUGAAAUAUCAUCUAAUAAAUGAUUACACCCUCACAUUAUUCCCCUUCUCCACCUCCCACACAAAAAUAUUUUUAAACAUAGUAAAAAACACACAAAUAUCUAAUUUUAUUAUUUUAUUUUUGAAAGACUGUCCAACCAUCCCACCCAAGCUAUUGCUAUCAAACUUACAAUAUAAUCUUAUUAGUUUGUUUUGUCUUUACAAAUGUUCAAUAGAUUGUCGAAAAUAUACAUGAACUCAGAAUCGUCUAUAAUGUACCACUUCUUUAAAACAUUAGCGAUCAAUAUGUUUUAAUUGUGGUCCUCUUCCAAUUAGAAUAUGACUAUAUUACCUUGACCUUAUUGAAUAUGAACAAUUUCCCCAUGAUGGCUUACGUUAUACUGUCAAGCACUCAAAAGUCGAGCGCGCUGUCUUCUGACAGCUCUUGUUAUGCUAUCUUUGCGGAAUUAUAUAUACAUAUAUAAUAAAUAUUUUAUCAGCAGCAAGUCUAUCUCCUAUCCGGCUAUAUAAUCUGAACUUAAAAAUAAUAAUUGUAAAAACAAUAUUGAAGUAUUUGUUAGCCAAAAAUCAGGGACACAAUUGUGAAAGAAAAACUGUUGGCCGGUUCGUCGCAAAAAUGGCGGGCAGUUGUUUGUCAUAUCAAUAGUGAAACCUUUUAAACACUUGCAUUGCUUAAGUGAAACCUUGAUAAUGCUCUUAUUAUUUAGCAUUGGUUUUUAAAAUGUUGCCUAGGAGGUUAUAGAUAACAGGCGCUGAUGUGGUUCAAUUAUUACCUAAAACUUUCACUGUAUGUAGUGGAAUUACAAUUAAGAAUGCAUUUAAUUACACUACCGGUAUUUAUGAAUUGAGCCUUGUCAUGUUUGUAUUUGUUGCGCAUGUUUUAGAAGUGUUUUAAAAAUGUUCCAUGUUCUGAGAGUAAGAAAGGUAUUUUUGCGCAAGAAAAAAUAUUUCGGUAUUUGAUUAAUGUUUAUGUUAAUUUUAUGAUUCAAAUUGUUUGUUUCGAUUAUGAGAAAUGUUCUUAAGCUAAAUAAAAGCUAAGUUAAA